GAGGCCAUACAGUAAUGCAUAUGUUGAUUUUUUUUGUCCCUCAAAAGAAUGCAACGUCUUCCUCCCUCUGGGGGAAGAGGUAAGCUCCUUAAUCAUCAACAAGAGCUUGCCAUAGUAGAUAUGGUUGUUGCAAAUAACGCAAUUAAACUGCAUGAGAUUCAAAGCAGAAUUUUGGAGGACCAAGAGAUAUUUCACAAUAUCAAUAGCAUCAGCCUCGCAACCAUUACGCGGACAUUGUCCAAACACAGAGUGCGGAUGAAACAGCUCUACACUGUUCCCUUUGAGAGGAACAGUGAGCGAGUCAAGGUGCUACGACAACAAUAUGUCCAGAGAGUUAUGGAAUUGGAGGCCAACCAGGCCCCUCAUGAAUUCGUAUACGUGGAUGAGGCAGGAUUUAAUCUGGCCAAAAGGCGUCGACGUGGAAGAAAUGUCAUUGGAAAAAGGGCCACAGUUGAUGUUCCUGGACAGAGAGGGGCAAAUAUCACUAUGUGUGCGGCAAUUUCAAAUGCAGGAUCACUCCUCCACAAAUGUCAGGUUGGACCUUACAACACCGAGCGCCUCCUUGCUUUUCUCGAUGAUCUCCACCAGCGCCUGGUUCCAGAGCAGGAUCAGGAGGGUGAAAACAGGAGGACCUUCGUUAUCACCUGGGACAACGUGGCCUUCCAUCACUCACAAGCAGUUACAGCAUGGUUUGAGGUCCACCCAAGACUGAUUCGUCUAUUUCUUCCACCCUAUUCACCUUUCCUCAACCCCAUAGAGGAGUUCUUUUCUACAUGGAGGUGGAAAGUCUAUGACCAUCAGCCACAUGACCAGUUGUCCCUCCUUGAAGCCAUGGAUGCUGGCUGCAGGGACAUCACAGUUGAUGAUUGUCAAGGGUGGAUCAGGCAUUCCAAGCGGUUUUAUCCAAGGUGUAUCGCCUUGGAUAACAUCAGAUGCGAUGUGGAUGAAAACUUGUGGCCUAACCCUGAAGAUCGCAGGGAUUAGAUAAAGGAAUUUUGUGCUUUUUUUUAGUUCUCCCUUUUUACUGGGCUUUUUGCUGUUGCUUUUUUGUUCAUGGAUAUUUUGUUAACUUUACAGUAAACAAUACUGUAAAACGUUUUCUGUUGUAUCAUACUGUAAACAGUAUUUCUACUAUACCUC